AGCCGAUAUUUUAAUUGUACGAUGAAUUUCGUCCAAUGGUAUCUUAUACGUGUUGAAAUACUCAAUUGUUUGCAUAUUUGAUAUUUCUAGUCGGACCGACCCGUGUGAUAGGAUUUGUUAAACCAUGCUAUUUUUGUUAGCUACGUGUGGACGAUGAAACGACCUUCAUUGGGCUGGUUUGAGCCAACUUGAAAAACUUAGCACCCAGGCCCAUUCUUCAAACCUCUCAUCAUCUCGUGUCUGGACAGAAAUGGCCCAAUUCGCAGGCCCAACUCUGUACGACUUGCCUUGCUGACGAAUACUUGCGCGAGUUCCAACUUCCAACCAAGCAAGACGAUUCUACAGAUCAAAUUUGUGUUCUCCACCUCUUUGAUAUUUCUUCCCUAAAAUCUCCCAAUUGUUGAGAUGAAACCCUAAAUUCUUCAAUCCCAGAAAAGAAGUCUUCCGAUUUCAGUCUCUGAACUCCCCGUCCCGACUAAUCCGUAAGUUAUAUCCAUAAAUUUUUUCACAUUUCAUUCCCAUAUAUUUCUCCGAUCGUGGUUUCCGUUUCCAGUUUCGCUUCGUCUCACGCUUUCCCCCCCAAACCCGACGGUAUCCGAUUGAUGAUGUUCUAAGGGUUUUUGGGUUAUGUCGAUUGAAUUCGUUGGUGUAGGUCCGAAGAGCAAUGGACGGGAACAAGGACGACGCUUUGAAGUGCCUGAGGAUCGGGAAGGACGCGCUCGCAUCGGGGGAUAGAGCUCGCGCUGCGAAAUUCUUCUCCAAAGCUGGCCGACUCGAUCCGACACUCUCCAUCGACGAUCUAAUGGCGGAGACGGAGAAGGAGUCGUCAUCGUCCGAUCAGGCCGCUGGGAACGCUAAUGGUCCGGCGAGCAAAGAAUCCAAACUUCGACAUCGUGCUGCGACGGCGGCGGGGUCUUCUUCAUCUUCUUCGUCGUCUGCAACUUACACUGAGGAGCAAGUCACGAUGGUAAGGCAAAUUAAUAGGAAGAAGGAUUAUUAUGAGAUUUUGGGUGUGGAGAAGAGUUGUAGCGUGGAGGAUGUUCGCAAGGCGUAUAGGAAGUUGUCACUGAAAGUGCACCCGGAUAAGAACCAGGCACCGGGAGCUGAGGAAGCGUUUAAGGCGGUGUCCAAAUCGUUUCAGUGUCUGAGUAAUGAAGAGAGUAGGAAGAAGUAUGAUGUGACUGGAAGUGAAGAUCCUGUCUUAGAGAGGCGGGCACCUAGGCGCCAUGGUGGUGGGGGUGGUGUCUACAAUGGGUAUUAUGAAGAUUUUGAUCCUGACGAGAUUUUCAGGCAGUUUUUCUAUGGUGGAAUGUCUCCUGCGGCUACCCAGUUCAGGACUUUCAACUUUGGUGGUGGGAUGGGAGCUAGAACAGGUGGUGAUAAUGGAUCUGGGUUCAAUGUUCGUGCCUUGAUUCAGCUGCUUCCUGUUCUUGUGAUUUUGCUGUUCAGCUUCUUGCCUUCUUCCGAUCCAGUCUACUCCCUCUCUCGGUCAUAUCCUUAUGAGCAUAGGUACACCACGGAGAGAGGGGUCAAUUUUUAUGUCAAGAGUAGUGCCAGGUUUGAGCAGGAGUAUCCGGUCGAUAGUCGGAACAGGAUAGUGCUUGAAGGAAAUGUGGAGAGAGACUACGUAUCUCUCCUUUCACAGAACUGUAGAUUCGAGGUACAAAGAAUGCAAUGGGGUUUUGUGAGGGAGACUCCUCAUUGUGAAAUGUUGAAGCAGUUUCAGUCUGGGGCAUCAACGGCUGCUUGAUACCAAGUAGAAUCCGAGGUUCAAUUCUGUGUUCUUAAUACUUCCAAUUUACAUGAUCAUUAUUUUUGUCAUGACAAACAGUGCGGAUGGUGUAAUAUUGUUGGCUUUCUCAACUCGAAUAAUUUGCUUGUUCCAAAGUUUUUGCUGCUCUUUAUUAGAUCAGAAGCAUAGGACCUGUGACUCAGUUCGUAUAUGAUAUCAGUUCAUAUAUGAUAUACAUGUAAUUUUCCCAUCACGAUUACACGGGGUAACAAUAGUUCGACUGGUUUAGUAGCUCUUAAUUCUAUUUAUGUCAUUACAGCUUAUGGUGUCUAGAUUGGUUCUUUCAGUCGUAUAUUGAGGACAUCCCUGUCAGGCUGUCACAGGACCAAGGAUCUUUUGUGGAAAUUUUUUGGUGAACCCAUUCUUGAAUGCCAUUAACUUUUGCUCUAUGUAUGAUCAUAGCAUUCAGAGUACGUCAUCUUCUUCGCUUUUGCAGAUGCAUAUCUGAGAGUGUUUGGUGAAACCUAGUUCUAGAAGAUGAACAACGCGUUUGGAGUCUUUCUAGAGAGGAGCCUAAUAGGUCCAGUAUUGAGUUAAUAGUCUCUUAUCUCUGUUACUCGGUGAACCUAUCUUGUAGUCUUGUGCAUGCCCUACAAGUUUUGCUUGUGGACAGCUUGGGGGUUUUCGUUGUAGCUAGAGCUUUGUGCAUACUUCAUCAAGAAGUCGCACAACGAGAUGACACCUUUUUUUCCCCCGGUCCGUGAUCCACUCUGGACCUUUUGCUUCAUCUGUAUAGUAAUCAAGUUCUGCAGUUGUUUUGCGUCGGGUCUGAAACUAGUGUGGAAUGAUAAAGCCUAUGAAUAACUCCUCAAGUUUGCUUCUUUGUAUCCAAACCUAGUUGAGUUUAGCUAUUAAUGUAGCUGUUUACGGUUUUAUUCUACCAGUAAGGUUCUCAUCACUAGUCCUUAUGUCUGCAGAAAUAUUUCGUGGUGUUGUGGUGUAGUGAGCAUGGUAUCUACUUGUGGCCAUUUUUCUAAGAGUUCUUGGAAUUGCAACAUAGCUAGUUCUUGGAUGAGCAUCUGCAUCACAGUAUAAGCAUGAAUUGACUUAACAAGGAUGCGAUUUAUAGUGUGGUUUAUGUCACAUGUUUUGUGAUCGUCAUGUCCAUGGGAAUCAUUUUCAGUUCAUUACCGCUUCAUACAAGUUCAACUAUGUGGUAGGAGCACUUCUACUAUGCUAUAUAGUAUUGGUGCUUUAAUGUACAACUUGAAGUUGUACCAUAACAUUAAAUAUACAAGUUUAGGUUGUACCAUAAAGGAAUUUGUAGCAUUAUGUUAUGGUACAACUUUACAACUUGAUGUUGUACCAUCACAUAAAGUACAAGUUUAAGUUGUACCAUAAAAGAAUUUGUACAAAAGGUAUAGGUACAAUCUGAAGUUGUACCAUAACAUUAAAGGUACAAUUUCAAUCUGAAGUUGUACCAUAACAUUAAAGGUACAAUUUCAAGUUGUACCAUAAAGGUAAAAACCUAUAGCACCAAUGCUAUAUAGCAUUGUAAAAUUCCUCAUGUGGUAGAUGAUUAUUUCUACCAUAGGAGAUCCGUUCAGUAGUAAAACAAAUCUUAGGACAGGAU